UAUAAGGAGAUCUAACGAUGACAUUAUGACAUCAAAAACUGUGAGUUAUUUUGGAUUAUAUUCCUGAUCAACACUGGCUGGGAGUAUUCAGCAGACAGCCCAAAAUGGAAUACUAACAUCAAGCAUCUUCUUGUCAGAUGUUGACAACAACUGUACGUUCUAUAAUAACUAUGUCUUGAAGAGUGAGCUUUUGAUGAGAGGUUUUCCACAAUGAGAGACCGCUUGGAGGAGCUGCAUCUGAGGGCUCAAGACUUUUCUGAGGCACAUCGUGAGACCAUCAAGCCUUCCUCAGUGGGAGGAGACAAUGACGACUCUGUGGCGGCCGUACACCAAACGGCUGUGGUGUUUGAGGAAGAGCCCAUCAUUGAGAACUUCCUAUCUGAGGUUAAGCAUAUUAGAGAUGAUAUCACCGUGCUCGACACAGAGGUCCUUAAGUUUGGCCAGCAGCAAAAGACGUUGGUGGCAACCAUGCGUCAGUUCAGUGUGAUGAAGAAAGAGAGCAGGAUAACUCAGGACAUCAAGCUCAAGGCUGAGAGCCUCCAUCGACGCUUAGGCACGCUUUCUAAAGAGGUCCAAAAAACUGAGGACCAGCAGGGACCUUCAUCUGUGACAGCGAGAAUAGAGCGAUGCCAGCAUGCAGCGCUUCACAGCAAAUUCCAGCAGGUAAUGCUGCAGUAUAAUGAAAGCCUUCUGACCAAGCAGGAGGGCUGUAAGCAUUUCAUUUCCCGGCAACUGGAGGUAUCUGGAAGGAAUAUGACGGAGGAUGAGGUCAAUGAAAUGGUGGCCUCGGGAAAAUGGGAAGUCUUCAAUGAGAACCUGCUGAACGAUGCCAAAAUCACACGGUCACAACUAUCUGAGAUUGAACAACGACACAAGGUCAGGAAAGAGCUGUUGAGUCUGGAGAACAAUAUGAACGAGCUGAGGAACCUGUUCAUGGACAUUUUCAUGUUGGUGGAGGAACAUGGGGCCUCGAUUGAGCACAUCCAGACCAAUGUAGAAAGCACACAGGAUUAUGUGGCUGUAUCUAAUGAGAAGUUCAAGAUGGCCGCCAGGUACAAGAAGAAUAACCCACUUCGACAGCUGUGCUGCUGCUGCUGCCCACCCUGGAGGUGCUGUCUAUAAAACAUGCAUUCUUUUUCACUCAACGAUCAUUUCGAAUAACAUUUUCACUUUGAAAAAGUCUCACUUAACUUUUGGAAGGGAGCAACAUUGGAUACAAGUCGGCUACCAAUAAUGUGAAGGUUAUGGCACUCUGUUUUUUUGCUGUUGAACAGAGUGAAGGUGAAGACAGAUUCAGCAGAGCAUAAAAAACAAUUAGGUGGAAAAGCCAGCAUUGGUAUUUCAGCCACUUGUUUCUUUCAAAAGGAUGUGAGUUGACUGCUGUUGUAAGAGACAGUUCAGUGAGUGCUACUCAACAACACUGCUGCUUAUUGGAGACCUUCACUGUCAUCUGACAGAGGUCACAAACAAGGGGAAACCACUUCCUCUGCUCGAUCAGCAUCACACAUUUAUUUGUAUUCUUUUCCCACAGAGCUCUAUGAUUUUUGUAUACAGUACAUGCACUUUAAGACUAAUAUAUAAAUAUAUAUAUGUUUUCAGUAUCAACUAAAAUGUAAGUUGGUGGAGAAAGAUUAUUUUUACGAGAUAUUUUGAGCCAUUAUAUAUUAAUGUCAUUCUUGGUAUGCAUGCUGUUGGAAAAAAAAGCUUUACAAUGAGUCACUAUCAUCUAAUUUCCAUCUCGAAGUAUGUUCAUUUUCUGUAAAAAAAAAAGAAGAUGAAUCCUCCUUUCGGUAUCACAGAGUAAGGGAUUCAAGUAACACUUUAAAAAAAGAGCCUUCAUCACAAUUCUCUUCAUCGUGAAAAAAACUGCUAAAAAUCAUUUAUUAAAUUUGAAGGCUACAUUUCAGGAACUAAUUCAUUUCUCUCGACGUUUUGUAUUUUAUAGUGGAAGUUCAGAUUAUGAAUUUGUUGGAAACGUGUGAUUGUUCAGAUGAAUACAUACAUAUUAUAUCAUCUCAUACAUAUUAAAAUGACUGUUUCCCACAAAAAGAAAGCAGUGACUCUUAACUGAGUGUCGCUUGAGGAAGAAGCAGCAAUAACUAACAUAUUGGGAAUAUUCUGUUAAUCUUUUGACAGGUAAUUAAUUGUCUUGAUGAAUAUAAAAUACCAUCAAAUGUUCCCUGUGGGGAAAGUGACUACGAUUUGACAAAUUAAUUUCACAUUCACUUUAUACUUGAUCUCAUUGACUGGCAGAAGGACUCUAAACUAGC